AUGGCCGACGACGCCGCCACAACCACCGAGGACACGCAAAUCACCUUCAAUGUCAAGGCUGCAAACGACCAGAAGCACGUACUCACUCUACCCAACACCACCACAGUUGCCGACCUCAAGGCCAAACUCUCAACGCCCGAAUACGCAGAUGUUCCCGCCGAACGCCAGCGCCUGAUAUACUCCGGUCGCGUACUCAAAGACCCCGACACACUCGCUAGCGUCAAGAUCAAGGACGGCCACACAGUUCACCUUGUCAAGGGCGCCGCCAGCAACGCAAGACAGAACCCCGCCAACCAAGGCACAUCAAGUACAGCCAGUGGGGGCAACACCCAGACGCCACAGGUGCCGACCAACAUUGCUGCCGGAACAGGCAACAACCCGCUCGCUGGUCUGACAGGUGCGCGCUAUGCUGGCUUCCACGGCCUACCAGGAAUGGACACUUUCGGGCCAGAUGGUGGCAUGGGCGGACCCCCUACAAACCCCGAGGCCAUGCUAGAACAGAUGGAGAACCCCAUGUUUUUGUCGCAACUCAACGAAGCUAUGAACAACCCAGCGGUGGUGGAUAUGAUGUUGCAGAGUCCUAUGAUUCGCGACAACCCGAUGCUCCAGCAAGUCCUCCGAAACCCAGAGAUGCGCCGCAUGAUGUUCAGCCCAGAGAUGAUGCGUAUGCAACUGCAGAUGCAGCGGAAUAUGGGCAACAGCGGCCCCAGUUUCCCAGCCCCAGGAGCUACAGACAACACAACACAACCAGGUUCAACCGCAACUGGUGAAGGCACGACCGCGACGCCAAACCAGCCCAACACAACUGGAUCCACAGACCCCUUCACUGCAUUUGGUGGAGCCGGAGCUGGAGGAGCUGGAGCAAAUCCAUUCGCCAGCCUGUUUGCGGGAGGCCAGAAUCCUUUCGCUCCUCAGCAACAAGGUGCCAACACCGGUGCGGCACCAAACACACAAGAUGCUUCAGGCACCUUUCCCAACUUAUUCGGCGGAGCUGGUGCACAGGGCGGACAAGCGAACCCAUUCGCCGAGGCAGCUCAAAGGAUGAUGCAAGACCCGGAAGCUAUGCGCAACAUGAUGCAGAUGAUGGGUGGAGGUGCAGGAGGUGCAGGAGGUGCAGGAGCAAACCCAUUCGCUGCUUUCGGUCAAGGUGCAGGAGCUCCAGGUGACGCAGCACAACCGGGCGGCGCCAACCCCUUCGCCGCACUCUUUGGUCCCGGUGGUGGGUUUGGAGGAGGCUUCGGUGCGCCCGCAGCACCAGCAGACAACCGGCCGCCCGAAGAAGUCUACGAGACCCAACUCAGGCAGCUCAACGAAAUGGGCUUCUACGAAUUUGACCGGAAUGUCGCUGCGCUGCGACGAAGUGGCGGCAACGUCCAAGGUGCCAUUGAACAUCUUCUCAACGGCGGAUCAUAG